AUGAAGGAUCUAAGUACCGAAGAACUGAUUCUUUACUGCUCGAACAUGCGGUCGGAACACCAAAGAAAACUUGUCCUGAUCUCCAAGUCUGAGGAUGCAUCGAUCGGAUACUCCAAGCUUGUGUUUCCUUCUCGAAAGCCGUUUUUGAAAGACAUGCAAUUAUACAAGCCUGAGCUCGUCAAUGAGGAACAGACUCAGAUGGUCCUGUGUUCCACGUCCAUCUCUUCCUUCUAUAACUUCAGCUACUUUGCCAAAAUCCUGAGAGCAAUAAAGUUGUCAAAAUCGAUCAAAGUCCGCAAAGAUCUCGCUGGUCUUACCUCUGUGUCGCUUUUGUUAGGCUCGUCCACCUUAAAUGGAACCUUUUUUUCGGAACAAGCAUUGAAUUCAUCACGCUAG